GACUGCAUCUCAAUCUUGAGUGAGAAUGAGCUCAUCAAAGCUCUUUGACCAGGAAUGGUUUCGAUUGGAGGAUCUGCUGCAUCAAGCUCUUGACCGGCGGAAUAGAGAGGCUCGUAGGUGUGCAACGCCGAUAGAGAUGUCUGCAGAUGACGACGCGGCAACCACAGAGGAGGCUGCGGGCGACAGUAUGCCAGUAGUAAAAGGAGUUGGCGUUGACGACGCCGAUGCCACCCCAAACAUCAUCAUCGCCGAGCAACCACGCACCAUUGACAAGGCUUUCUCCACCUCAGCUAGGGCGACAAAAACACCACCACCAACCGCGUCGUCAUCCCAAUCUCACCCACAACAUUUGCAGACAGAGAGGUGGUUUCAAAGCCAAUUCCGCCAUUAGCAACCAUCAACAGCCACCGGGAGGAGCGCUGCAUCCCGAACAAAUCCAUCAACGGUACUGUUCCCAGAACAACCUUAAUUCCAUGGAGACCUCCAAUCGACUGCUGGAAGUUCAGAAAGAAGGAGUCGAGUACGGACUUAGGUCGCACAAUUUCGUAUAAAAUUUGCGUAUUUUA